AUGAUGAAGAAAAUUACAGGGUUCAAGCUUGGAAGUAAGCUAGCGAAAGUUUUCAAAUGGAUAAUCCGACCCGGAAGUAGAAAUUAUAGGAACAGUUUCUUGAGACCUCGGAUCAGAUGCUGCAACCUGUUAUCUCGAAUCUGCUCUUUUGCCCGGUUUCUUCGAUGUCGAACGAAGGGGCUCUGUAAUUCGGGUUCUGGUCCGGGGUAUGUCCGAUUGGGUGAGGAGGGAAUGGAAAGAGUUGGCGGGGUACCGAAGGGGCAUGUUGCGGUGUACGUGGAGGAAUCAGGAGGUGAUAAGAGGAGGGUGGUAGUGCCUGUUAUUUAUUUUAACCACCCGUUGUUUGAAGAGCUGUUGAAGGAGUCGGAGCAGAUUUACGGGUUCAAUCAAUUGGGAGGGAUCACAUUGGCUUGUAGGAUUUCGGAGUUUGAGAAGGUUAAGAUGAGAAUUGCCGAUUGGGAUCAUUGCCGACGCAGAAAACAUCGUGGCCGUUAA